UAUGGGAUAGAAAACUCUCACCAACUUGAAAGGGACCAAAGUAAUGUGACAUAGUGAAUAGUGUGUAAGUGUACAUAGUAGAACCAAAAGGAAAUUUGCGUGGCAUAAAGAACGGAAGAAGAGGGGUGACCCAUAGAUUUAGUAUUACUAUUUUGUACCCACUGAGUCUUGCAGGCUGGCCCAUUUCCCUUGUGGGUCCUCCCUCAACCUUUAUAAGUGUUAUAUGACUCAUUCAUAACUGACCCCAAAAAAUAAAUACACAUAUUUACAAAUUAAUGCAUAUAUACUAGCUCAAUUUCCUCUCUUGCAUGCCUACUUAAAUAUCUUCUCUUUUUUUUCUCCCUUUCAAAUAAAUCAUUAACAAUGAGAGUUUCAUCACAAAAUUCAGAAACCGAAAGUUGCUCAAAUUCAUCACCAACAUCACCAUCAACAAACUCAAUUCAAGAUCAAGAAUCCGACAAAAAGACCAAACGCAACCGCGACUCUAACAAACACCCCGUGUACCGAGGUGUUCGAAUGAGAAACUGGGGAAAAUGGGUGUCUGAAAUCCGCGAGCCUCGAAAGAAGUCGCGGAUUUGGCUUGGCACUUUUCCCACAGCUGAAAUGGCUGCCAGAGCGCACGAUGCUGCUGCGCUCUGCGUCAAAGGAAACUCCGCCAUUCUUAAUUUUCCUCACCUUGCUUCUUCUCUUCCGAAACCCGCUUCUUUGACACCUCGCGACGUUCAAGCCGCAGCGGCUAAAGCAGCUCAAAUGGACAACAAAAUUGAAUUAUCAUCGUCCACAUCAUUAUCAUCGUUCUCAUCAUCGACAACGUUGUCAUCAGCAUCAUUGACAACGUUGUCAUCAGCAUCGACAAGUCUAUUAAUGAAAACAUCAGUAUCGAUGUCUUCAUCAGUAGACUUGUCGACAACUUCUGAAGAAGAAUUGAGUGAGAUUAUAGAGCUACCCACGUUGGAAAACGGUUAUGAUGUUGGAAAGGAAGAGUUUGUGUUUGUUGACUCACAAUCACAAGACUAUUCUUGGAUGUAUCAUCAACCAAUGACGUGGCUACAAACAACAGAAGAAGAUGGUUGUUGUGGUGGCGGUGGUGAUCAUGGGUUUGUUAAUAAUGACUUUGUAACUAGUUUCGAGAGUUUUCUCUGGAAUUACUAGGUUCUUGUCUUUCUUUUC